AAAAAAACAUCGAGUGAUAGAGAAGAAGACUGAUAGAGAGAAGCAGGCACCAGGCAGAAGAUAAAAGAAGAAGUUAAAGUUAUCGGCGUGCUUCGAUGGCGAUAUCAGUAGCAGCUUCGUCCUCUGUGGCAGUGACUGUUCCACGUGUCCCCGCCGUCUCCACCCGCUGCUCCGCCGUCCCUUACCUUCCUCCUCGCUCCUUUGGCCGAUCCUCUUUCGCCGUUCCGUUGAAGCUUGCUUCAGGGAAUGGUUUGGACAAGGUUGAAUUGAUGAAGACGAGAGCUUCUUCAGACGAGACCUCCAUCGACACCAGCGAACUCAUCACAGACUUGAAGGAAAAGUGGGAUGGUCUUGAGAACAAGUCGACUGUACUUCUUUAUGGUGGAGGAGCCAUUGUUGCUGUUUGGUUAUCUUCCAUUCUUGUUGGUGCCAUCAACUCUGUUCCUCUGCUUCCCAAAGUUAUGGAACUUGUCGGUCUCGGGUACACUGGCUGGUUUGUCUACAGAUACCUUCUCUUCAAGUCAAGCAGAAAGGAAUUGGCUGCGGAUAUUGAUUCCUUGAAGAAGAAGAUCGCAGGAAGCGAAUAGAUUCAUUUUUAAAAUAAACCAGCUUUGUUUUGUGGAGGUUUUCAUGUAAUAUCGUUUAUAUAUACAAUGUCUCUGUUUCAACAUUGUAUCUGAAACUGUUAUCUUGGAUC